GGGGUGUCUUGUGGUCACACUGCUGCUCAGAAAUCCUGGUUUCGUGCUUGGAAAGGCAGACCCGCCAAGGCUGGACGAUCUUCCUGCCAGAAAGGAGGAGCGGGGAAGGGUGGCCUCCUCACCCCACAUGUCCCUUCUUCCCAGGGGGCCUCAUGGCUGCAACCUGUGAAAUAAGCAACGUGUUCAGCAACUACUUCAAUGCCAUGUACAGCGCCGAGGACCCCGCCCUGGCCUCCGUGCCCUCGGCCGCACCCUUCCCGGCCGACGAUUUGGUGCUGACCCUGAGCAACCCCCAGAUGUCACUGGAUGGUACAGAGAAGGCCAGCUGGCUGGGUGAGCAGCCCCAGCUGUGGUCGAAGGCGCAGGUCCUGGACUGGAUCAGCUACCAAGUGGAGAAGAACAAGUACGACGCCAGCGCCAUCGACUUCUCACGCUGUGACAUGGACGGCGCCACGCUCUGCAGUUGCGCCCUCGAGGAGCUGCGGCUGGUCUUUGGGCCCUUGGGGGACCAGCUUCAUGCCCAGCUGCGGGACCUCACCUCCAGCGCCUCGGACGAGCUGGGCUGGAUCAUCGAGCUGCUGGAGAAGGACGGCACGGCCUUCCAGGAGGCCCUGGCUGACCCGGGCCCCUUUGACCAGGGCAGCCCCUUUGCACAAGAGCUGCUGGACGACGGCUGCCAGACCAGCCCCUAUUACCCCAGCAGCUAUGGGGCUGCCGGAGCCCCCUCCCCUGGAAGUUCUGACGUCUCCACCGCAGGGACCGGCGUCUCCCAGGGCUCCCACUCCUCAGACUCCGGUGGGAGCGACGUGGACCUGGAUCCCCCAGACAGCAAGCUCUUCCCGCAAGAUGGCUUUCCUGACUGUAAGAAAGGGGACCCCAAACACGGGAAGCGGAAACGUGGCCGGCCCCGGAAGCUGAGCAAAGAGUAUUGGGAGUGCCUGGAAGGCCAGAAGAGCAAGCAUGCUCCCAGGGGCACCCACCUGUGGGAAUUUAUCCGGGACAUCCUCAUCCACCCAGAGCUCAAUGAGGGCCUCAUGAAGUGGGAGAACCGGCAUGAGGGCGUCUUCAAGUUCCUGCGUUCCGAGGCUGUGGCCCAGCUGUGGGGGCAGAAGAAGAAGAACAGCAACAUGACCUACGAGAAGCUGAGCCGGGCCAUGAGGUACUACUACAAACGGGAGAUUCUGGAGCGGGUCGAUGGCCGGCGGCUUGUCUACAAGUUUGGCAAAAACUCCAGUGGCUGGAAGGAGGAUGAGGUCAUGGAGAAUCGGAACUGAGGGUCUGAGCUAGACCCGGGACCAAACUCAGACUCUGGGCCUGUAGCCCCCAUCCUAGGGUGGGGCACAGGCGGGCCAGGCGAGCGAGCGGCCUCUCCUUGGACACACUCCCGGCUGUGCUGUGGAGAGAAGCUACAUCCCACGGGGAGGAAUGAGCUGCUACCGGCUCCUCCCUGCCCUCUUGGAAUUACAAGCCCUGGGGUUUGACGCGGCGCCUCGGCUGCUGACUCUACAACCUUGAAAGUGGUGGUUCCUGGGACUGGCAGCUCCUUGCACCUGAUUCUGAUGCUAGUUGGCUGCAGACAACACCUCCCUCCCGCAGACGCCUGGCUGAGCCGUAGAGGCUGGGGCAGGCCCCCCAGGAGCAUGGGGACAGAGAGGACCGGGCAGCCUGCUCUACCACCAACACCUGCUUUUCUGCACCGGCCUCCUUCUCUGCUCCGUGCAUGGGCACCACAGGCAGGGUCAGAGCACUCCCUAAUUUAUGUGCUAUAAAUAUGUCAGAUGUACAUAGAGAUCUAUUUUUUCUAGAAUAUUCCCUCUCCCCUCCCCACUCCUCUCCCACCCUGAGUGCUGGUGGCCAGAUUAACUGUUCUGUGCCCCCUUACCCCUGCUGGGCCAAUGAGGGGCGGGGUGAUCCUUUUCCCCCUGAAUGGAGGCAGAA